UCAUUUAGCGAAACGCUCAUCAUGACAUUCGUAUUCACGUUUCUCCUGGCCGUUUCUAUUUGUUCUUGCCAACAAGUGUCUGCUUCUAACGAGAGCACUCCGUUGGUAGUCAUUACGUGGAAUUAUGAACAAGCUACGCAACGAGCAUGGAACGUUCUUAACGUCGAGAAGAGGAGUGCUCUGGAUGCUAUAGAAGAAAGCUGCAGUCUUUGCGAAGAACAGAAAUGUAGGAAGACCGUGGGAUACGGAGGCAGUCCAGAUGAGAACGGGGAGACAACUCUUGAUGCUCUAAUUAUGGAUGGGGUCACCAUGGACGUCGGCGGUGUAGGACUAUUGAGGAACGUGAAGAAUGCGAUCUCCGUUGCUCGCAAGGUUCUAGAAAAUACGAAACAUUCGCUAUUAGGCGGAGAACUGGCUACGAAGUUUGCCGUGGAGAUGGGUUUCAAAGAGGAAUCUUUACAGACAGAGGAAUCGAAGAAAAUGUGGUUGGAUUGGAAAGCUAACAGCUGUCAGCCCAACUUUUGGAAGAACGUACUUCCGGAUCCGAAGAAAAGUUGCGGACCUUAUCGUUCGGUAACCGCAAACGUUCCGGAGGAACACGAGUCGUACGUGAACGAAGAGAAUCACGAUACCAUCGGAGUGAUAGCUAUAGAUUCGAACGGACGCAUAGCGGCUGGCACGUCGACGAACGGAGCCAGGAAUAAAAUACCCGGACGUAUCGGAGACUCGCCCAUAGCUGGGGCAGGCGCGUACGCGGAUCAGAAAGUCGGCGCGGCGGCUGGCACCGGCGAAGGAGACGUAAUGAUGCGCUUUUUACCAAGUUUCCUGGCCGUGGAGGAAAUGCGACGCGGAGCUACUCCCACCGAAGCAGCGACUACGGCUAUCAAACGAAUCGCGGAACACUAUCCUACGUUCACCGGUGCCGUAAUCGCGUUGAAUAAACAGGGAGAAUACGGUGCCGCGUGCAAUGGGAUCACUCGUUUCGCGCACUACGUUGCGAACCCGCAAUUUGGAAAAGCCACGAUGCGUUACGUCGAUUGCAUAGAUGCUACAUACUCUGUUUCUAAUUUUUAAGAACGACUUAUACAUGUUAUCCUUGAUAUCAAUAAUGUAAAAUCUUGGAAAAUAAAGAAAUUUUUUCCAAUGAAAGUUAUAGAUAAAUGUUGUUACCUGCAGGGAAGCAAAAUGCCAGAGACAACGGAAGAGGAGAUGUCCGUUCGUUUGACGAACGAUGAUUUUCGGAAAUUGUUGAUGACACCCAGAGCAUCCGUGCCGUCGGCUACACCCGCGUCCGUCCCAGGCACCGCUCGAGAUGCCAGCGCGAAGACUGCACAGACUCCCAACGUCACCGGGGGAAGUAGAGCCGAACUGCGAAGAAAGAAGAAGAGCUUUUACGCGAAGCUGAAGAAGCAGGAGGAGGAUAAAAUGGCAGAACUCGCGGAGAAGUAUCGCGACAGGGCCAGGGAACGUAGGGAUGGGACAAAUCAGGAUUACCAGGCGGAGGAUCCUAUGAACAGCACGAGCGCUUACCGUGCCGUGGCGCCGGAUUUGAAAUCGGGAAUGGACGCGGCCGAGAGGAGGCGACAAAUGAUACAACAAUCCAAGUACUUGGGAGGUGACAUGGAGCACACUCACUUGGUCAAGGGCCUCGAUUAUGCCCUUCUUCAAAAGGUGCGCAGUGAGAUAGAGGCAAAGGAGCACGAGCAGGAACAGGAGAUGGAGAAGUUGGUGAAGCCGAAGGAGAAGAAAGACAAGAAGGAACCGGAGAAGAAGGACGACGAGAUGCAGUUCAAGACGAAGAUAGGGAGGAACGUCUACAGGACCGUGAUGACGAUGAAAUCUAAACAGAUAGAGAGGAACGAGUUGUUCACGCCCGGGCGAAUGGCAUACGUGAUAGAAUUGGACGACGAGAACGCGGACGUGGACAUACCGACGACGCUGAUCAGGAGCAAGGCGGACGUGCCGACCGUCGACAAUACUCCCACGUUAACGACCAACGACAUAGUGAUCAAUAAACUGGCACAGAUUCUGUCGUAUCUGCGACAGGGCAAUCGUCACGGGAAGAAGGGAAAAAAGAACAAAGACGGACGAUCGAGGCCGGACGACAUGAACGACAUGGACAUCGCCCCGAGGCCGCAGGACGAGAGCAUUUACGGUGACAUUGGCGAUUAUGUCCCGUCGAUCGGAAAGAAGGAUCAGUCUAGGGAAAAGAAGAAGGGUUCGUACUUCGACAAGCCGGAGAGCAGCUUGGACACGGACGACAAGGCGAACGCUCCGCAGAUGCCGACGGUCACGUCUUCCAACGCGGACGGGAACGCGCCGAAGAAAGGCGCGCUGCUGAACAAACUCGCCGCGGAACCGGAGGGCUACGCGGAAUGUUAUCCGGGAUUGGACGAGAUGCAGGACGCGAUCGACGACUCGGACGACGAGGUCGAUUACACGAAGAUGGAUCUGGGUAACAAGAAGGGUCCGAUCGGCAGGUGGGACUUUGACACGCCCGAGGAGUACAGCGAGUACAUGAACAACAAAGAGGCUCUGCCGAAAGCCGCGUUCCAAUACGGCGUGAAAAUGGCCGAUGGAAGGAGGACGAGGAAGUACAACAAGGAGAAGAACGAGAAAGCGGAAUUGGACAGGGAAUGGCAGAAGAUUCAGAACAUCAUGAACAAGAGGAAACCGACGAGCGUGUUGGACGGGGCAUCGGAAUUCAAAGUGCCCAGGUACUGAGAGCACGUCCGAUCGUUGUACGCGUUUAAUCUGUACUCUGAUGAAAUAAAAUGACUGUACGAUAUUUUUGAGA